AUGUCCAGCAGCGUCAGCCAGCUGCCGAACGAGACGCUCCACGCCAUCUUCGACAAGCUCGCCCCGGGCGCGCUCACCGCCGUCCUCCGCGCCUCGCACCGCUUCCGCCUCGUCGCCGAGCGCGUCCUCUACGCGCACAUCAGCAUCGUCGAGGCGCUCCCGCGCUCGGCCCCCACCGCCCAGUACACCGCGUGCUGCGCGCGCACGCUCCUCGCGCGCCCGCACCUCGCCGAGGGCGUCCGCCGCCUCGCCGUGCGCUGGCAGACCGACGCGGGCCCCCGAGAUGACUAUGUUACGGCCGCCGCGCCCGUGCUCGCGCUCCUGCACGCCGCGCUGCGCACGCUCGGCCACCUCGAGCACCUCGACCUCGCGCUCGGCCUCGCGGGCGGCACGCUCGACGCGCGCGCGGUGCUCGACGGGUGCGCCUUCCCCUUCCUGCGCGUGUUCGCGCUCUCCGGGGUCGGCCGCGGGAGCCUGUCGCCGAAGCUCUACCCGCCCCCGGCUUCGCCCCCAGCCCCAAUUGGGUGGUUCCUCGCGGGGUGCGCGGCGCUCGAGCAGCUGCGGCUGCCCGACUGCUACGAGGGGCUCGCGCUGCCGCCGGGCGCGCUGCCGGCGCUCGCGGCGUUCCGCGGGAGCGCGGUCGCGGCGGCGUCGGUGCUGCCCGGGCGGCCGGUGCAGCUGCUCGGGCUCGUGGGGCACGAGUUCAUCACGGAGCGCGACUUGGCGCGCAUCGCGCAGGCGAGCGCGCCGGUGCGGUAUUUGGAUUUGAGCAUGAUGAGCGUGACGCCGAUUUUGUUGAGGGAUAUUUCGCGGCAUUUGACGGAGGUGGAGGUGUUGAAGGUGAAGCUGGCGUUGAGGCAUACGCUGCAUCAUGCGCUUUCUGGUAUCAGCCUGCUCGCAGGCCUCUCCCCCGUGCUCGGCGCCUUCCCCGGGCUGCACCAGCUCGACCUCUCCCCAACGUCCGUCGACGGCGUCGCGCGCGGCAACGCGCUCGAGGAGAGCUCGCUCUGCACGACCUGGGCGCGCGCCUGCCCCGCCCUGCGCUCCGUCGUCUUCCCCUCCCGCACCGAGUGGCGCCGCGAGGGCGCGGAGGACGUGUGGGUCGCGGCGCCGGGGGCGGCGACGGUAUGGACGCGCUACUAG